CCACAUCAUCGUCUUCCACGGGAGGAGAGAGGCGUGGCCAUGGAUCCCCCGACCGCCCAGUCCAUGUCCGCGACCGAAGACUUCCAGGACAAGAGCCUGGAUGGAUGCUGUUCCUGCUGCUACGACUGCUGCUCCAGCAUCCUGGACUGGAUCUGCUGUGUUUGAAACCGAUGCUGCUUCUCGCCGGCGUCCCACUCCUUCUGGCCGCCGGAAGCGCGUGA